AUGUAUAAAACAACCCAAUCAAACGUUGUUGAGUGGCCUUCCCACCAUUUGGAGUCUCGCGUUAUACGACCACAAUCAGAAGAACAGCCAACCUGCUCUCAAGGGCAACCGAAUGAAAGUGUUCACGGACCACUGGAGGAAAUUGAGGAAGAGCGGCAGCGAAAGAAAAUUGAACAAAUGGCAUUCAAUAGACGUAAUAAACCUGAAGAUAAGCGUAAGAAGCGGUUAGCGGCCCAGGCCGAAAGAUCCAGGUUGAGAAGAAUGAAAGAGACCGAAGAGCGGAGACUGGAACGCCUCGCGAAUGAUACAGAAAGACGUAAAUCAAGAAGAUCAACCGAAACGGAAGAACAGCGAUUAUUGCGCUUGCGUUCAUUGGCAGAUGUUAGGAGAAAGCAACGUGCACAAAACAACAACUUGCUCAAACAAUAUCAUAGCAGUCAGGAAAAAUUUAGUGCAAACUCAAGAGAAGUUCUGGAAGAAAAUGUUACGGGCAAUCCUUCUGAUGUUGCGCAUAAUGAUGCAUCUGUUGCCUUCUCUACCCAAGAAGCAACGACUGAGAGACUCAAUACUUCCGAAGAUGAGUUUCAACACAACGCAUCUGUACCUCAUUUGGAUGAGAGUGCUUCCAAACCUUUGCCUUCCACGUCUGCCUACGUACCUUUGAAAGAUCUAACAAUACAGCCUUUACAUGAUGAAUACGUACUACUCACUCCUGAUCCUGCUUUGAAAGUUGUGGAAUCGUUAUUUGAGAACAAAAUGGCAAGAGCAUACGACAGAUUACCUGAGAACGUACGAAAAUGGAUACGAGGAUUUAGGAGCGAUUUGAGUGAGAAAAUCAGUGCAGAAGCACUUGAUUUUAUGAAAGCUGCGGAAAGCUUAUGGAGUGAUUAUUGCCAACAAAUGGCAUCUUUAUUGGAAUUCAUUUGCGUGUUUUUCAACCAAGUACUCCUUGUUUGUUUGCAGAUCCUUAUACGCAAUGUAUUUCUGUAUCUUGAUAGGACGUUCAUUCUCGAUAAUAUCGAUGAGUCCCCAAUAUGGGAAUCUUCACUAGUGAUAUUCCGCGAAGAAAUCGUAACAUAUGGGUCCGUACUCAAGAAGCUCGAUGGAAUUUUGGAAUGCAUAGCUGCAGAAAGAGCUGGAGAUCAAUUGUUCUUCGAGAAACUGUCACCGAAACGUUCAUUGCGCGUGCUCACAUCUGAGCACAUGGCUGAUUCGAUGGGACACGGUAUUGGGCACGGUACGGCAUUCCUCAGGGCACGAUUGAAACCCAAAAUCACGAAGACCAGCGAAUUAGAAACGGAAAGCUGCACAUGA